UGGUGAUUUUAUCAAGUAUAUUCUAUAACUGUACAUUGACUACUAGAACAGUAGCUGUGACUGAUGAAAAUAAAUUUCUGACCAUUAGAUCGAGUGGCUUUAGAAAUUGAAAAUGCAUCGAGUGCAGUGAUUGAAAAAUAUCGAAUCGUUGAAACGAAAUCUGGGAAAGUUCGUGGAAUAAAUCGAACAACAAUGCUUCAAAAUAUUGAUUUUUAUGCAUUCAAAGGCAUUCCAUAUGCACAGCCACCAAUUGGAGAAUUGAGAUUCAAGGCACCUGAACCGAUUGAAUCAUGGCCAAAUGUUCUUGAUGCUUUUGAGCAUUCAGACAGCUGCCUUGGUCAAACGUUUCUAAGUUUUGGCCAUAAAAAAAGUGAAAACUGUCUCUACUUGAAUGUGUAUGUACCAUCCGCCACGGCAAAACCUGAUAACAAACUAGCGGUUAUGUUUUGGAUACAUGGCGGUGGAUUUCUUGAACUUUCUGGUGACGAAAGUUACUUUGGUCCCGAUUUUCUAAUCGAACAAAAUGUCAUAUUGGUAACAAUCAACUAUCGGCUGGGUGCUUUAGGAUUUUUAUCGCUUGACACGCCCGACUAUUCGGGGAAUAUGGGGUUGAAAGAUCAACAGCUUGCUUUGAAAUGGAUACAUGAGAAUAUCGAAUACUUUUAUGGUGACAACAAACGAAUCACAGUCUUUGGUGAGAGUGCUGGUGGUGUUUCAACUCAUUUCCAUGUCCUAUCAAGCGAAUCACGAAAGUAUUUUCAUAAUGCGAUUAUAAUGAGCGGAACAGCUCAAAGCCCUUGGGCAUUGUCCAAUGAAAAGAAUCACAUAUCCGUGGCGAAUCAUAUUGCCGAAGAACUGGGAAAUACAACAAAUUCAAUGGAUGAACUAAUUGAUUUCUUGAAAUCAGCACCAGCCGAUAAACUCGCCAGUUAUAUAUAUCUGGAUGACUUUAUCGCCAUAAAUCGAUUUAAGUUUGCUCCAGUUAUCGAAAGAAAAGAUGCAAAAAAUCCAUUCAUGGUUGAGCCUGCACACAAAAUAUAUCGUACAUCAAAUAUCAAUCGAGAUGCUAUUUUUUAUCACACCUCACAUGAAGCACAGGCCUUUCUAGUCAUUUAUCAAAGAUUCAUUAACGAUUGGGAACCAACUAUCAAUUUUACCAUAUCGAUGCCUUCGGAUGACUUUAAUUUUCCCGUAAAUUCUUCAGAAUAUUCUCGAAUCACAAAAUUAGUUCGAAAAUUCUAUUUCGGAAAUGAAUUGAUCAAUGAAGAAACCUUAUCACAAUUGACCGAAAUGAAAAGUGACAUUUCGUUCAUCUAUCCCAAUUACAAGACGAUGGAUUUUCAUCGACAGAAAGCAAACACGUACUACAUACGGUUUUCCGUUAAUUCAACAUUAAAUUUGUUUAAACGUCAACUAAAUAUUAUGGAUAUACCAGGAGCUUCACAUUCCGAUGAACUGUGUUACAUAUUUAGAAAUCAUUUUUGCGAUCGCUUUUUAAAUGAUUCACUCAAAAAUGUGGAAAACAAGGAAUCCGAAAUUGAUCUACGAACAAUCGCUUAUAUCACGAAAUUAUUUUCAAAUUUUGCAAAAUAUGGAGAACCAACACAUAAAAAUAAUUUAAUCCCCGGAUACCGUCCCAUAAAAAGUGGUGAAUUUAAUUUUCUGGAUAUUACCAAUGAUGGCCUGAAGUUGGGAGUGAAUCCAAGACAACGUGUCAUGGAUUUUUGGCAUCGAACCGAAGUUCAAGCUCAACGACUUAUGAUUGAAGCAAAUAAACAAAAUGAAACUUCAAAUUAAAAAUGAACGAAAACAUU